AUGUCGUGGAAUCAAUCAGGCAGCGAAAAGGUGCAUUUUGAGUUGCUCUCAUCACCUUCCCAUCUGAUUCAGAAUAUAGCUGCAGCAAAUAAUCCUGUUGGUCCUGGAUGCAGGACUGUCAAUGCAGCAGCUGUAGAUCCAAACAUCAAUGUGCUUCCAAAUCACACACAGGUCACAACAGGCUCGUCUUUGACAAGUUCUCAUGGCAUCAAUCAUCCAGACCCUAUUUUCAAAGAUCUGCCAUUUUCCCCUGGUGACAAUGGAGACCUCAAAUAUUGUGAAUUCCAGGUCAAUGAUAUCAAAGUCAAACAUCACCCCAAUAGCGGGAUCCCAACAAAAGUUCAUGUGUUUGGUGAUUUCAAGCGCCAUCCAGCCCAUUACUCCUCAUGGUCCGCUCCUGAACCUGAUACCCAACCUUGGUGUCCCUUCAAGUCUUGUUUAGAGUUUGAUAUCACUGAAAUCACCCUUGAAGCAGCCUGUCAUAUCCCAUAUAUUCAUGCUUCUCUUCCGGACUUCGGACCCUUAGAUCCGGUCCGGUCCGAUGCAUAG